CGUGGAUUCAAAAUAAACAAAAAAAAAUAUUUUUAAAAUUGUAAAAUUUUAUUUAAAAGAAAAGCGUAAAUUUUAAAUUCAUGCAGCUGAUAAAACCAGCGUGGGUUAGUCACGAUGAAAAACCAAUUUUCUCAAUUGAUAUACAUCCAAAUGGAGAACGUUUUGCAACUGGUGGCCAAGGUGCCGAUUCUGGACGUGUCGUCGUUUGGAAUAUCGCACCAAUAUUCAACGAAGAUUUAGAAAAUGAUUCAAAUACACCAAAACAACUUUGUCAAAUGGAUAAUCAUUUAGCUUGCGUAAAUGUCGUGCGCUGGAGCUGUGAUGGUACUCUAUUAGCAUCUGGUGGAGAUGAUAAAUUAGUAAUGAUUUGGAAAUUAGCCGGCGAAGGUGGACCUAGUAUGGUAUUUGGUAGUAGCGGAACGGUGAAUAUUGAACAUUGGCGAUGUGCAGCUACAUUGCGAGGCCAUGCUGGUGAUGUACUCGAUUGUGCAUGGGCACCACACGGUGCUUGGCUUGCAACAUGUAGUGUUGAUAAUUCUGUUAUUAUUUGGAAUAGCCAUAAAUUCCCUGAAAUGGUUACAACCAUUAAAGGUCAUUCAGGUCUUGUCAAGGGUGUUGCAUGGGAUCCAGUUGGAAAAUACUUGGCAAGUCAAUCAGACGAUCGAUCUUUAAGAGUAUGGCGGACUGGGCAAUGGACCGAAGAAGUGGUCGUUACAAAUCCAUUCGAGGAAUGUUCUGGUACAACACAUGUUUUACGUUUAUCAUGGUCUCCUGAUGGACAAUAUUUGGUAUCAGCACAUGCCAUGAAUGGAGGUGGGCCUACAGCUCAAAUAAUUGAGCGUGAUGGUUGGAAACAGGAUAAAGAUUUUGUGGGCCAUAGAAAAGCUGUUACGUGUGUUCGUUUCAAUUCGAAUAUACUUCAAAGACAAGCUCCAGGAAAUUCAAAACCCAUUCAAUAUUGUUGUUUAGCAAUUGGUUCACGGGAUCGCAGUUUAAGUGUUUGGUUGACAUCAUUAAAACGUCCAUUAUUUGUAAUACAAGAAAUAUUCGAAAGUAGUGUAUUGGAUAUAUCUUGGUCAUCGAAUGGUCUUAUAUUAAUGGCGUGCUCAUGGGAUGGAACUGUUGCUUGUAUUCGAUUUGAUGAUAAUGAAUUAGGCAAACGAUUACCAUCUACUGAAAAGAAUUCUUUAUACGAACGAUUAUAUGGUAAAUCAAUAGAAAGUAAUUGGAGUACAUGUUCAAAUCAAAUGAUUAUCGAAGAUACACGUGUUCUAGAAUCACGUGAACAAUUGGCAAAAAAACAACAAGUCACAAUAAAUAGUAAUCUUGAAAAACGUGUUGAAGGUGCAAGCACAAUUACAACAACGGCAGCAGCAAUCACAACACCAUCACCAAAUCUUUUAACAACACCCAUAAAAGCUCCACCAGAUGGAAUUCGUCCAAUUAACAAACAAAUUGAAACACGUCUACCAGAUGGUAAACGACGUAUUACACCAAUGUUUUUAGUUGCUCCGCCAACGCCAAGUAAAGAUAUUUUAAAAGAAAAACCACCAUCGUUAGAGCCUCAACCUCAACCACAACCUCAACAACAACAACCGCAACAACCUAUUGAAAAUAAAUUUUGCAGUUCAUCAUCGGAAAAAAGUACAAUUAUAAUUGAAACACGAAACGAAUCAUUACCACGAAUAACAAUUGAUAGUGAUUGGAAAAAACGUUCACCAGGACCUCGAUUAUCACCAGCUACAUUAACCCCUGUAACUGCUGAAACACGUCAAUCACUUGUAUCCGUCGUUGAUAAUGUACAAGCAUUAAAACAUAGUGGUUUUAAAUUUAAUUUACACGCUAUAAAUAAUCAUUCAAAAACCUUGAAUGGUACUUUAUCUCGGUUACAGUUUUUUAAUGAAUCGGCAAAUCAUUUGGAUACAUCGAAUUGGGAAACAUAUUUUGGUUCAAAUGUACUUUGCAUAUCAAGUUCGAGGCAAUUAAUCGGUGUUGGAUGUGAAGAUUGUACUCUACAUUUAUUAAACGUUUCAACUGGUGGACGAUGUUUGCCGCCCUUUGCCCUAUCCAGUCCUCCGAUAUCUAUCAGCAUAUCACAAACGAAUCGAUGUUGUAUCAUAACACGUAAUAAUUAUCUAACAAUAUGGGAUUUAUGGCCAAUCAAUGAUGCUCAAAUAAUUGUUCAGAAUGUACCAUUACCUCAAAAUGCUGUACCCAGUUCAUGUCUAUUAAACUCAAGUAAUGAACCAAUGUUAAUAUUAGUUGACGGCCGAUCAUAUUGUUUUAAAAUUAAAUUGAACAGUUGGUUAUUGUUGGGUGAUCCGAAAGAUCCAUUAUAUCGACCAGUCACAUCAAAUCCAGUUGGUGAUUUACCAUUGGUAAAUGCACAGCGUUCAUGUUUAUCGGUAAAUCGAUCGGCAAAUAAUAGUGCACUAGCAUCGUCAACAUCGGUUGCGUUAACACACUUCGAAUUACAAUUAGCGAAUAGUGAAGUGUUACAAUCGCCUGUGGAGUAUAAAUAUUGGUUACUAGCAAUGGUUAAACAUUUAUUGGAGAAAGGUCCUGAAUGGAGGCUAAGAACUAUCUUAGAUGAUCUUCUUGGACCAAUUAAUUCAAGUCAAACAUGGAAACCUGAUAUUAUGGGUAUGAAAAAACAUGAUCUCCUUUUACAAGUAUUAGAAUUAUUUAAUUCACAUUUGAAAUGGCAACGAUUGUAUAUGGAAUAUUUCGAGCAAAUUCCAACAACGUAAAAUAUAUGAUAACAGUUUGGUAAGAAGAAUCAUCGAAGAU